AUGGAAGCCUGUUCUCAAGAACUAUCACGAAUACACAGUCAACUUGUGGGAGCCGCUAUACCGAUCCAUCUUGCCUCGAAGGCAGCUGUUUUCCAUCUGAUGGUUGUGGCCUCUAUGGAUGCACAUUCAAGGAUGUCUGGCAGCCUAUGUGUUCUUGGCCUCAAAUACCCUCCUGUACAAGGAGAGAUAUCAAAAAAAAAAAAAACAGAAAAAGCAUUUCUGGCCUGUGAAAUGGCUACUCAAUACCGGGCGAAACGCAUGUUAAUUGGGACUAUGGAAUGUUGGAAGGUGAUUAGAGAUGGCGGUGCGGAUUCGUACCCGGCCCAGUAA